AUGUCCUUAGAUUUUCGCAAUGAUGGCAAAGAGAGUUCUCUGUAUCGUGACUUCUUAUCACAAUCUCUUUACUCAAGUCAUAUUAAAACGUAUUUUUAUGGCUUUUUUGGAAAUCUUUUCAGGAUCAAAUAUGAUAUAAAAACAAAAUUCAAUGUGCAACUGCUAAAUGAGGUUAUAAUAAAUGCAAUUAUGACUUUACAAUUAACAAGUUUGACAUGAUAUCCAUAUUUAGACAUUGAAGGAUGAGAUUCUUAUAAAAUUUUUUGGAACAGGCUAGGAAUUGUAAGUUAUGAUGAAGUCUGUGCUUCUUUAAAUAUAAUGGAAUUUUGCUUUUAUGGGACCGCAAGUCUAUUAAUGAUUUGUUUAGGGUCAUUUUGAAUCUUUGGGAUUUAUAUAUAUUUAAAAAAAGAUCCUCCAGCAUUUUUGGCAACUUUUCCACAGAAAAUUGCAUUUUUUUUAACUUCAGCUUGUCUAAUCCCUAGUACCAUGAUUUCGCUUAUGGUAUUUAAAUACUCGCUUUGGCCUAAAAAGCAUGUUGAUGAAUACGAUGGAAUUUCAUCAGGAGAAGCCCUUAAUUUUGGCGUUACAGGGGGAAUUUGUUCCAUAAUAUGUAUAGUCUUGCUGGUACUUAUAAGCGUUUGAUCUGAGUUUUUUACUUGUGACAUUAAGCAUUCCCACAGCAAAGCAAAUCUUAGAGCAAGAUCUUCAGCUGCCUUAGAUAUUCAUAGAAGAUGGUUUUAUAUUUUUAUGGGUUUUGCCUAUAUAGGCUUUGGAGACUCAAAUGUAAUAUAACUAUUUACAAAAAAUAAAAACAUGUCUACUGGUAACCAUUAUUGUUUUUAAAUAUAAGCAAAACAACAACUAAUAGAAUGAAUGUUUUCAUUCAUUAUAAUUAGGCAUAAUACAUCAGAUUAUUUCAGCUUUAUGAUCUAUAUACUUAUUGGUAAAAAAUAUUAUUUCUAUGCAAUAUUAUAAUGUAUUUGAAAACUCAAUUAUUGCCUGUGGGUUAGCUUCGGUCUCAGUGACGCUUUUAAUUUUUAUUUUUGGACAGAUAAUGGAUAACGCGAUGAUUACUGUUAUCUUAACUCCCAGCUUUAUCAGUGACUGAGGCAAUUAAAAAAAAUUAAUUAUGGGAAAUUAAUCAAUAAUAUUUAAUAUAUAAUUAAUAGUAAUAGGCUUUAAAGAUUAAUUAAUAGGCAAAUUAAAUUGUUCAUUUGGGAAAUUUUAAUAUAAAAUUGAAAAAAUAUCGCAGCUCCUUAAGAGGGCAUUAGAAUUAUCUCUCAUGAGAGAAGGAGUAAGCAUCUUUCUCCAACCGAUGGUCUUAAUUUUUACUAUAUUGCUAGCAAGGAAAAACUAUUACAGCUUACCAUGCAAGAUUGAAAAUAUAAAAAAUCAGUUUGAUUUUGAAAGAAAAUUUCGUCAUUUUUUAAUCGAUGAAAAUAGAGAAAAUAAGAAUGAAGUUUUAGAUUUAUUUAAAGAAUAUUGGAACAUGAGUCUAUUUCAGAAAAAUAAGUUUUUUGUUAUGUGAGAGUUUUAUUAUUGUCUCCAUUUAAAAGAUGAGAGAUUAGCAAGAAUAAAAUUAUCCAAAAUUUCGACAGUUAAAUCAUCAUUCGAAGCAGAUAUUCAAGAAUGAAGGAUUUUUACUUGGCUAUUAAAUAGAAAAUAUAAACCUUUCCCUGACAUAAAUUAUUUGCAUUACUUAAAAGAACUUAGUAGGGUAAAAAAAUUUGACGAAAAAUUAUGCCUUAUCUUGGUAGAAUUGUGCAGCGAAUUUUCAUCAAGGUCACCAAAAAUUGAUAGACUUAUUAAAUUAGUCAAUAAAACAUCGAACAGUAUCAAAGUGACUACAGAAAAUUACAAAUUAAUAACAGAAAAACACAAAAAUUUUGAAAGCUAUGACCUGUAUGCAAGCUUUCUAGACAACAUUAUAAGCAACCACGAGGAAGCGAAUUUAGUGAAUAGAAAGAAAAAUGGUCUAAAUCAAUACCAAAAAAAUGACGAUGACAGGCUAGAAAACUAUGGAAAAGGCGUUGGAGUAAUUUUAAUUUCUUGUGCAGUAGAUUCCUUUGGGUCUAUUGCUUAUCUCAAUGAAAAGGCUGCUGUCACUUUAAAAUCUUCAAUAAUAAAUAUCAGCGGUACAUCUGUUAUGAAUUUCAUUCCUCCACCUUAUGAUCUUAUACACAAAUAAAUAUAUACAUAAAAUGGAGAGUCAGAUCUGAACACUUUCUCAGUGAUUGCUAUCCAUGCAUUUCUGUCAUGAUUUUUGAGCUGUAAGUUGGCUUAAACAUAUCUGUUGUCAAAGUGAGGGAAUAAACGCAAAUAUGAUGUUUUGUGACCAUAUUCAAUGGGUAAUAUGAAGGAUUCUUUUUUAAAAGCAAUGGACUUUUAAGAUAGAGCAAGAAGACGUAUCUGCUCAAGCUGCUAUUAAGGUGGAAUUGGCUAGAAAUUUUUUCAGGGAUUAUGUGAAAAAGGUAAGAUAUCUAGACAAACCAAAAAUGGCUUCCUUACAGGAGCAAAACUGACUAGAGACCGUUUGGGGGGUGGAGGCAGAAAUGGUGGUUCCGGAAAAGAUCUAGAACCUAAUAGGGAGAUAUCACUAUCGAGAAGCAAGGGUGCCUUGGGCUCAGAUUUAUCAGAGAUGAAAAAACUCAAUUAGCUCGUAGCUCCAUGCGGCAUCUUUAGAAGUAGAGGACUUUGAAUUCUAGCACUAACUAGCGAUACACGAAAAAAUAAUGAAAAAAUUUAUUUUUGAGUGCACAUCAACCUUGGUCAGCUCUCACCAUGAUUUGGUAUUCCGAUGCACUGAUGGAUUUUUAUUAGAAUGUGACACCCUAAUUAAAUUAUCAGCAUUUCAUAACUCAGCUUAUUUUCUUUUGUCAUUUAAGCCCAAAAAGACAUCAAGACAUGUCGCUUUAAUAUCAGGCGAUGGGUUUAUUAUUUCUCACUCAAUUUCAUUCCCAUGCUAUUUUUCUAACGAAAAAUCUUUAAAAGAUAUGCAUAUUUCUAAUAUUAUCCCAUAUUAUCAAAAUAUUAAGAAAGGCGUCCCUUGGAUUUUUACGCAUAAUGGAAAAGAAGUUGGGUUGUUAGUAAAAAACAAAGCAAUAAGGUGAAAAAUAUUGAAUUAUUUAUUAAUUGUGCAUGAUGACGAAGAAUUAGCUAAAUUAAAGCUCAAAGGAGACCAAGAAAGCAUGGAAAUAAUUAACGAUAUCCAAAACCUUUAUGAAAAUGACAUCUCUCAAGAUUUGAUGCUGAAAAAUACUGAUAAACUUAAGAAUUUCCCUAUUUCAUUGAUUUCCAGAAAAAAAGUGAAAUUAAAUUCAAUUUUACCUGGAACUGUUGAUAACACUGCUCUCGUGAUUGAGGAAAAUAAAAUCGAAGAAAAAAUGAGCAGUGAAGAUCCUUCAAAAUAUUCUUCAACAUUUUCGUCUUUUUCCAACGCAAAAUUUUCAAAAAAGCUUCUUAUGGAAUCCAAGCAAAAAAUUCAAAUUCUUCAAUGGGUGUUUUUUAUCCUUGUAAACGUUAUUUAGAUGUCCUCGACUAUUGUAAUUGUUGUAGGAAUUUUAGCUUAUAUGAUAAGUGAUGUAACUUAUACCACCUCAAUGAGCUCGUUUUAUCGGUAUGGGCGUCUUUUAUUUGAUUUAGGAUGAAUGUCAGACUCAGCACGAGCAAUUGAUAAAAAUAUUAUGUUAAAUGGAGCAAAAGAACAGUUAUAUACUUAUAUCUAUCGAUUGGGAAAUACCUCUCUUGAGCUGGAAGAUAUUCAAUUGUAUUUAAUUGAUGAUUUUCACAAGUGAGAUUAUUGUCCAUAUGCAAAAAUAAUAAAAGAGCCAAUUAUGCCUCAAUGAAAUUUUGAAGGUGCCCAUCCAAAAAUCAUAUAAUGGGUUUUUCCCCUAGAUAGCCCUAUAUGGGCUGUGGAUUCUGGGUGAAUUUUUCAAUUGGUCUGACCAGCUCAUACGUUAGUCGGCCAACUUAUUGCUUGCUCCACCAACCAAAGGAUUCCGCCCAGAAUCCACAGCCCUUGCAGGGCUAUCUCGAGGAAACCCCUAUAUAAAAAUUUUUAUGACACUGUCUCUGAUUUUAUAUAUGCUGUAUUUUUUAUUUAGGCUACAAAUCUCCUUAAUGAUGUCCAAAAUAAUCAAACCUAUUCUGAUCACGUUAAAUUUAUUGUUUCAAAUGGACUGGGCUAUACUUUUACUUAUGCUAAUUUUACAAUGAAUGAAAUUGUAAAGUGCGAAGUAAAUAGAGUAAAGCAUACAGGAAAUAAUAUAGAAGCUCUAUUAAUGUUUGGGUUCAGCGCACUUGGUAUUUCAGUUCUUAUUAUUGCGGGGUACAUCAUGAUGGUAUCAAAAAAGCAUGAUGAGUUUUGGAAUUUUGUACUUGAAAGAGCACAAUUCUCACUGGCUCACCUAAAAGGUUCUUCUAUUGAUCGGCUUUUUAUAGUUCAUGGGAUUGAUUAUCAGUCUGAUGCAGGCGUAGAGGCAGGCCGCUCUAGAAAGAAAAUAAAAUCAAAUUUGCAUAAACGCUAUAUAUGGAGAGUAAUGAUAUUUUUUGCAAUAGUAGCUUCUUAUUAUUUGUUGAUUUAUUGCUAUUUAUACCCAAACUGUAAAGAAAAUAUGAUAAAUCGACCUAAACUUCUUACUCCCCCCCUCUCCAUGAGCGAACAAAAUAAUCUUGUUUGCUCACGGAUGGGUUUAAUUUCCUUUUAAAAAAAUCUAUAUAAAAUUUUAUAGAAUUGUUUUUUUUCAAAAUUUAAAAAAAUUCUAAUUUGUAAAAAUUAAGUAGCAAGAAUUAAUUUAACUUGCAAAUUUAUGUUUUAAAACGCAAUUUGUUUUAAAAUUAAACAGAAUUAGCUCGAGAUUUCAUUAUACUCAUUAUCGCUUAUAUAUCCAAAUUUUUUCCAUAAAAAAUUUUUGUUCGCUCACUGAGGGCGGGUUUUUGGGCAAAAAUAGCGAUUUUUCUAAUGGUUUUGCUCACUCACGGAGGGGGGGAUUUAGUAAUUUCAACAUAAGAAAUUCUUUAAUAUCAAGAUUAUCUGUAUUUGCCAGAGAGACAACAUCUCCUUACUGAAGCUAUCUUUUGCCUUACUCACAGCCUUCGAAAAAUCCGAAAGACUCAUUAAAUGAAACUUGAUAUGAAUUGACUAAAAAAUCAAGUGAGUUAAACAAAAAAAAAUUUUUAGAUUUAAUGUCAGAUGAGUUAAAAACAAAAAUAUUUGAAAAAGGAAGCAGCACUUUGAAUUAUCUUCAUUUUGGGUCACAAUCUGCAGUUUUUGCAGUUAAAGAUGAAAUUUAUAAUAUUUUAUAUUGACAGCUUGUAGCCACUUACACACUAUACCCAUUUUUACUUAAAGUUACAGAAGUUCAAAAUGAAAUACGCUUAGAAUUUACACUAGCUGAUAGGGAUUCGAAAGAUGUGAUAAACGGUCAGUUAAGUGUAAUUAUUUACACAACAGUUAUAUAUUCGCUAGCUGUUGUUUUACUUUACUUUUUAUAUUAUUUGCCAUAUUUGAAUGUCCAAAUAAAACAGCUUGAAAGGUUUGGGAUUUUGCCUACUAUUUUAAGUAUGGAAUCUGAAUAA